CUCUUUUUUUCCGAUUAAUUGUACGAUUCUCGAAUAGUCCGCGUGCGUUUUGCUCGUUUUUUUGAUUAAUUGUACUAUUCUGAUUCUCGAAUAGUUUCGCACAACGUAACUAGUUUAUAUAUUUGAAAGUAGAGUGUGAAUUUGGAACUCUGAUUAGUGAUUCAGUAUUGUUUGUGUAAGCCUUGCAAUAUAAAAUUGAGAAGCUAUUAUUUGCAAAUUGAUUGUGAUAUUUGUCGGAAACGUAUCUCUAGAUGUAUCGACUCAAACUGUUAGUUCACAAGCAUAAACUUUUAUUCCCCGUGAAAAUUAGUUUGAUGUUGCAGCAGUAAUAGUAUCAGAACAGUCUAUUGAAGAAAUAUUUUGAUUGAUAGGUCAGAACUACGUUGCUUUAAUCCACGAUGUUGAGGAAAUGCAAACGUUCGUUGGAGAUGGAAUCUAGCGAAGAAAUGAGAAGUUUUAAAUUUCCUUUACACGAUGUACCGACCAAGGAUUUAGGGUCAACCAAUUCCGCGACUGAAGAAAAUUCGGAUGUGAAAAAGUGGGAACUAGUGGUAAAAUACAAUCGAAAGCAAAAGAAGGUUGAAAAAGCUACAGAUCCUGGAAACGAGGGUUCUUCACAAAGAAUAACCAGACCUGCGGAUCAAAUACAUGAUAAAACUCCUUCCGAGUAUACCAGUAUUGGGAAGAGCACCUGUUCAGAGAAGGAACAAAAAGGUAAUUGCGGAUGUUCAUUCUUUUCGCAAGAUAAUGAAAAUACAAUAAUCUUAUACUUACGUGUAAUUGCUAAUGUUUCAGACCGACAAGGUUGUAUACAGAAUCCAGCUUUUGGCUCAAAGGAGGAGCUAUUGUCUAAAAAAAUGGUUCAGGAUGUACGACCGCCGACAAAAAAGAAGUUGAAAAAAAUCUCAAGCCAUAAAGUAGCUGAAAAGGAAUAUCGUGAUUACUUGAAAGUCAAGGCGAGUCAACUGAGGCAGGAGACUUUCUUGCUCACUCGUGAAUUGCAGAAGCGUGCUACUAUGUGCAUGGAGCUUACCGAUGCCAAUAGUCUUUUAAUGGUCCGUUCCCUCUACUAUACAUUUUCUUUCAAUGUCUUCCGUUUCGACUGUUCGUUUACUGUUCAUAUAACGACUUAUCACUUAAAUAUUGCUGACAUGUUUGUGCAGGAUGAGCUAAAGAAGAUGUACAAACCAUGUGUAAUAGACAUUCUUGAAGCAAAGAAUCCUGCUACAAAUCCUCAAAUAGAUUGACGGUUGGAGUUAUCAGAAAUCGGAAUAGGCAUCAGCAGAGUGGAAGCAGAUACGCCUGGUCGAAAUGGUUUGCUUUAGAUUAUUUAAAAAAAUAUUAAUAAUGAAAUUAACUGCCAGUAAUUUGGUUGUAUAGUGAAAUGCCGAAUGAGACCAGCAGCAGAUAAUUUUACGGUUUAUAAAUUACACGUAUACGCAUCCCCA